AUGCUGGGAACUGCACUGCAAUUUGGCGGCGUUCGCGGUGAGGAUCGCUUUUACAUUCCGGUGAAGGCGAGAAAGAACCAGAGUCAGCGCAAACAAGGCAACAGAGCCAAGAAUGGCGAACCUGAAAACGCUGAUUUAACUUCGAAGAGCAAAGUCGAUGUCUCUGAGAAUAGCAAUGUCAAUAGAAAUCUCAACCAAUCAUUGAAACCAACUCUUUCUCCGUGUGUAGAGUCUGUUAGCAAUAUCGAUAGGUUCUUGGACUCCACGACGCCGUUAGUUCCGGCUCAGUAUUUCUCCAAGACAACGAUGAGAGGUUGGAAGUUUUGCGAUGUGGAGUAUCAGUCUUACUUUGCCCUCAGUGAUCUCUGGGAAUCUUUUAAGGAGUGGAGUGCGUAUGGAGCUGGAGUGCCUUUGGUCCUUGAUCAAAGUGAAUCUGUUGUUCAGUAUUAUGUUCCGUAUUUGUCAGCUAUUCAACUCUAUGGUCCAUCUGCCGAGAAGCCAAGUACAAAGCCUAGGUACACCAGCGAAGAUAGUGAUGGUGAUUACUACAGAGAUUCAUGUAGUGAAGGAAGUAGUGAUUAUGAAUAUGGAAGAAGGACUGAGUUUACGACACAAAGAAGUCAAUAUCUAAAAGGUGGUGUAUCACUGCAAAUGAACACAGAUAAAUGCAGUACAGUGCAAGAAGGAUUUUCUAGUGACGAUAGUGAAACUGGGAAUCCUCAAGAUCUGCUUUACGAGUAUUUGGAACAAGAUCCUCCUUAUGGUCGUGAACCGUUGGCUGACAAGGCAAUUACUGAUUCAUAG